GUCACAGAGCCAGGAGGCGGAGGGCAGUCUGGGCCCAGCCCACACCCCUCACCAGUUCCAGGAAGUGGGGAGAUGUGUCUUGCUGUACCGGGGAAUCUCUGAUGCCCACCACCUCUGACCCCUGACCUCCCUCUGGGGCCCAGGAGGCACCAUGUGGCAAUGUUCACUGGGGCUGCUGCUGCUGCUGUUUCUGCUGACUGGCCAGGUAGCCUUGGGUGCCCGGCGGGGCCGCUGGCGCCGGGAGCUGGCACCAGGGUUGCAUCUGAGUGGCAUCCGGGAUGCGGACGGCCAGUAUUGCAAGAAGCAGGGUAUGUGCUGCACUGGCCGCAUUGAUGACUGCUCCCUGCCCUACCUGGGCACCACCUGUUACUGUGACUCCUUCUGCAACCGGAAUGUCUCUGACUGCUGCCCUGACUUCUGGGACACCUGCCUUGGCGUGCCACCUCCUUUUCCCCCGAUCCAAGGAUGUACGCAUGGGGAUCGCAUCUACCCAGUCUUCGGGACGUACUGGGAUAACUGUAACCGUUGCACCUGCCAGGAGAAAAGACAGUGGGAGUGUGACAAGGAGCCAUGCCUAGUGGACCCAGACAUGAUCAACGCCAUCAACCAGGGUGACUACGGGUGGCAGGCUGGGAACCACAGCGCCUUCUGGGGUAUGACGCUGGAUGAGGGCAUCCGUUACCGCCUGGGCACCAUCCGUCCAUCUUCCUCUGUCAUGAACAUGAAUGAGAUUUAUACAGUGCUGGCUCCAGGGGAGGUGCUACCCACAGCCUUCGAGGCUUCUGAGAAGUGGCCUAACCUGAUCCAUGAGCCGCUUGACCAGGGCAACUGUGCAGGCUCCUGGGCCUUCUCCACAGCAGCUGUGGCAUCUGAUCGAGUCUCAAUCCACUCUAUGGGACACAUGACGCCUCUCCUGUCACCCCAGAACCUGCUGUCCUGUGACACCCUCCACCAGCAGGGGUGCCGCGGUGGGCACCUCGAUGGUGCCUGGUGGUUCCUGCGCCGUCGAGGGGUUGUAUCUGACCACUGCUAUCCAUUCUCUGGCCGUGAGCAGGCCGAGGCUGGCCCAGCACCCCCCUGCAUGAUGCACAGCCGGGCUAUGGGCCGGGGUAAGCGCCAGGCCACUCGCCGCUGCCCCAAUAGCCACACCGAUGCUAAUGACAUCUACCAGGUCACUCCUGCCUACCGUCUGGGUUCUGAUGAGAAGGAGAUCAUGAAAGAGCUGAUGGAGAAUGGUCCUGUCCAAGCGCUCAUGGAGGUGCACGAGGACUUCUUCCUGUACAAGGGCGGCAUCUACAGCCACACACCCCUGAGCAUGGCGAGGCCGGAGCAGUACAGACGGCACGGGACCCACUCAGUCAAGAUUACAGGGUGGGGAGAGGAGACGCUGCCUGAUGGAAGGACGCUCAAAUACUGGACUGCAGCCAACUCCUGGGGCCCGUCCUGGGGUGAGAGGGGCCACUUCCGCAUCCUGCGUGGCAGCAACGAGUGUGACAUCGAGAGUUUUGUGCUGGGGGUCUGGGGCCGCGUGGGCAUGGAGGACAUGGGUCAUCGCUGAGGUGUGGGCACCAGGCCAAGCCAGGCCUGGCUGGUGGUCUCGGCAGAGAGCAUGGUGGAAGAGCCCCCGGGUGGAGUGCCCAGGGUCAGACAGAGCCUGGGGUACGGGCGGCGCCAGCUCUAAUCCCAGAUCCGCUGACAAAGCGCUGGGCCUGGGAGCCGGCCUGGGAGUAGGGCCGGCAAGGCUGGCGGAGCUCUCAGACUUCCAGCGCGCCUGCAGCAGGGCCUGCCCAGGGAGGAGGAAGCUGCACAUCCCUGGCCCUCCAGCCAACGACCCUGGAAGCCAGGCCCCCCCAGUCUCCAGGUGCACUCCCUCACCCCACUCCUGUAUUCUUAUUCUUCAAAGAUAUUUAUUUUUCUUUUCACUAUCUUAAAAUAAAACCAAAGUAUUGAUAACUGCAGUAUCUCGGACCCUCCAGGAGUGGAGGCCCAGGCCAGAAUUAGACGGCAGACAGGACUGGCCGAGCUGUGGUUGGUUGGUAGGGAUGGGUGGACUAGAAUUCUUAGGUUCCAUCCAGUCCUAACUGUCAGCUCCCAGGGCAUUGACCUCUCUGGAGACAGGGCAGAGAUGGCAAGGCCUUUGACCCCCAGAGAAAUGUGGACCUUAGGAACCAACAUUCAGACGCUGAGUCAGCUGCCCAAGGAGGACCCAAUCCAUCAAUUAGCAGAACUGGCACCAGGUCCCAGGAGGCAGGGGGGACACCGCCCCACGGGGCCGGGCCCUCCGUCUCUGCAGGUCAGCAUCUCCAAGCCACCCAGGCAAAGGGCUCUCACCUUCCCCAUCUCCCAGGCCACGCUGUGCAGCCUGGGAGCCCUCUUCUCACUCCACCUGCCAGCCCUCAGACCUCAGCCUGGAUUUCAUGGUCCUCAGGACCUGUCCAGUGCCCAGGCAGCCCCUCAGAUGGUCAGUGCAUAUGCAGACCACAGGAAUUUUUACAUGUGUCCUCGUUCAGAUGCCCUUCUGUGCCACCACCCCAUCCUAUUUCAAAUUCAGCUCUAGCACAAAGGACCCAAGAUCCUCCAGACCACUCCAAACCACCCAGCCCCAAACACCCCCUCCUUCAGCUCAUGUGGUGCUUUCCUCUCACCCAGUAAGUAGCUUACCUGAGUGUCUGCCUACCUCUCCUCUGAGCUGGAAGUUAUGUGAGGGCAGGUUUGGGUCUGGUUCCUCAGUGGUUGCUGACCCCAUGGGUUCCCCUGCUGUACGCUGGCUUUUCCGUGUGUGGAAUGACUGAGGGACUCCAACCCAUUUUUUCACCUGGUUGCCUUCCAUAGGUUUAGCAGCCUGUGCUUCUAGGCAUGAUAGAGUAGGUAGUUGUCCAGAAAUAAGCUGGAGCUGGGAAACGAGCAGCAGAGCCCUAAGCAGGAUUCUAAGAAAGGCCAUGGUCUAGAUUUCCUGAGUCUGCAGCCCCCAAGCUUCCUGGAAGGAAGCCCUCCCCUUGCCAAUUCCCCACCCUAUCCAAUCUUACAGUUUUUAAUCCCAUAGUCACACCUGGAGGCUUGGGCCUCAAGCUGGACCAUGGCGACCUGGUUACCCUACUUAGGCCUCAUUUACAUAUACACGAAUGGCAGUGUUUUGACUUCCCUAAUGGGCUGUGGCCACCAUGCUUGUUCAGACUAAGACCAUAUAAGUUCAAAAAGACUCCCCUUCGCACACGGGGAGGAGACUCACAGCUGACUGGACAGAAGCUACCACUCCCUGCUAUCCCCCUUCAGCUCUCCAAAAGUAAAAGAAGAGCCAACCCUGGACCUCCUGCUCCUUCUUGAGGCUGAGCUUUCAUUGCUAACAGUUGUCACUUCUGCUCUGUCCACUUACAGCUCUCCCAAGUGUACUGUCCUUCCUUUUAUAAAAGUUAGCCGUGUCUAGAGUGUAUUAUGUCUGUCCCCAAUAAACAUACUUGCUAGAAA